UACUUUGAUGAAGAAAUGGAAAAUAUACCCAUAAGGAUUACAGACGUUCUUUUUAUAUACCAGAACGAGUUUUUAGGAUGUAAUGAUCGACUUGUUGUAACUCCUUUGACAGACAGAUGUUACAUCACAUUAGCUCAAGCCAUUGGAAUGAACUUUGGAGGUGCACCAGCUGGCCCAGCAGGUACAGGAAAAACAGAAACUACUAAAGAUAUGGGAAAAGCUUUAGGAAAAUAUGUUGUCGUAUUUAACUGCUCUGAUCAAAUGGAUUUUCGAGGUCUUGGAAGAAUUUUUAAGGGCUUGGCACAGUCUGGAACAUGGGGUUGUUUCGAUGAAUUUAAUCGAAUUGAAUUGCCUGUAUUGUCAGUAGCAGCACAGCAAAUAGCGAUCGUCUUAAAUGCCCGAAAAGAAAGGAAGGUUUCUUUUUUAUUUAGUGAUGGUGAAAGAUACUUAAUCGACUAUGAGUUUGGAAUUUUCAUAACCAUGAAUCCAGGAUACGCAGGCAGACAGGAGUUACCAGAGAAUUUGAAAAUAAUGUUUCGUAGUGUGGCUAUGAUGGUACCUGAUAGACAGAUAAUAAUGCGAGUCAAGUUAGCAGCUUGUGGUUUUAAAGAGAAUCUUCUUUUAUCACGUAAGUUUUUUACUCUUUACAAACUUUGUGAAGAGCAACUGAGUAAGCAAGUACACUACGAUUUUGGACUAAGGAAUAUACUAUCAUGUCUAAGAACUCUUGGAGCCCAGAAACGAGCUUAUCCUGGUGAAUCAGAAGAAACGACUCUAAUGAGAGUAUUAAGAGAUAUGAAUCUGUCAAAACUAGUCGAUGAAGACGAACCUCUGUUCCUCUCACUGAUUGAUGACAUGUUUCCUGGGAUAAAGCUGACAACGCAAACGUAUAGAGAAUUGCAAAGAGCCAUAACAAAUGCUACUGCUGCUCUUGGAAUUGAAAAUCAUCCUGAAUGGAAUUUAAAAGCGAUUCAACUUUAUGAAACAUCUCUUGUCCGUCAUGGCUUGAUGGUUCUAGGACCAACAGGUUCUGGUAAAACGCAGUGUAUGUGGACUCUUAUGAAAGCACUUACUGAACUAGGAAGACCCCACAGAGAAGUCCGAAUGAAUCCCAAAGCUAUAACGGCAUCGCAAAUGUUUGGCAAGCUUGACGUAGCAACGAACGACUGGACUGAUGGAGUAUUUUCUACAAUUUGGCGGAGAUCUACUCAAAUUCGAAAAACAGAGUAUCUGUGGAUAGUUUUAGAUGGGCCAGUAGAUGCUGUUUGGAUAGAAAACUUAAAUUCGGUCCUAGAUGAUAACAAAACCCUUACUUUAGCUAAUGGUGACCGAAUAAUUAUGGCACCAAAUAGCAAGCUCGUGUUUGAGCCUGAUAAUGUUGACAACGCUUCACCAGCAACUGUAUCACGCAUGGGAAUGGUUUUUUUUAGUGCUUCUGUUCUAAAAUGGUCAAAUAUUUUUGAAGCAUGGUGUAAGACCAAACAGUUUGACCAGGCCCAAGUACUUCGAGAAUUAUUUAGUAAAAUCUAUAAUGAGGCUCAUGAAUUUGUUCAGACAAAACUUUCCCCAAAGAUGAGUCUUCUUGAGUCGAUGUACAUACGACAGUGUAUUGAUUUGUUAGAAGGGUUACUUUCCUCAGUCUCAACAACAGAAUUACUAUCACCCAAGCAUAUUGAGAGAUUGUUUUUAUUCUCUGUGAUGUGGAGUUUAGGAGCAGUUCUUGAACUAGAUGACCGUGCAGCAAUUCAAGACUUUAUGUUACAGCAUCCAUCGAAACUUGAUUGGCCAGUUUGCAAGAGUGAUGAAACUAUUUUUGAAUUUCUUGUAUCAGAGAAAGGAUAUUGGAUACAUUGGGACCAAAAAGUACCUGAAUUUAUAUAUCCUUCCGACAGAAUUUUAGAGUAUUAUUCAAUCUUAGUUCCCAACAUCGAUAAUACAAGAACAAUGUACUUGAUUGACUUAAUAGCUAAACAAGAUAAAUCAGUUCUUUUGAUUGGAGAGCAAGGCACGGCAAAAACAGUUAUGAUCAAAAGUUUUCUAUCUACAUACAAUAUAGACUACCACGUGCACAAAUCAUUCAACUUUUCUUCUGCUUCAACACCUAAUAUGGUUCAGCGUAUAUUUGAAAGCUACGUUGAAAAACGAGUGGGCAAUACAUUUGGACCUGCCAAUGGUAGAAAGAUGAGUGUUUUCAUAGAUGACAUUAAUAUGCCUAUAAUAAAUGAAUGGGGUGAUCAAGUAACCAAUGAAAUUGUUCGUCAGUUAAUGGAGUACAAAGGCUUUUAUUCACUUGACAAACCUGGAGAUUUUUUAAUAUUGCAAGACCUUAUUUUACUAGCUGCCAUGAUUCAUCCUGGAGGAGGAAGGAACGAUAUUCCUCCAAGGUUAAAAAGACAAUUUAGUAUAUUUAAUUGCACUCUUCCGUCUAACAAAUCCAUGGAUACAAUAUUUAAAUCAAUUAGCAACGGAUACUUUUGCAUGGAAAGAUUUUCUGAGGUCAUAGUAAAUUUUGUUCCAAAGUUAAUACCUUUGACACGUAUAGUAUGGCAACGGACUAAAAUAAAAAUACUCCCAACUCCUGCAAAAUUCCACUACAUUUUUAAUUUGCGUGAUUUAUCGCGAAUAUGGGAAGGAAUAUUAAGAAUCGAGAGAGCAGAGUGUGAGUCAAUUACGACUCUAUUAAAACUUUGGGAACAUGAAUGUAUUAGGGUUAUAGCUGACAGAUUUAUAAAUUUUGAUGAUAAAAACUGGUUCACAAAGAUGUUACGUGAUACGGCACAGGAGUUACUUGGCAAAGAUUUUAAAUAUUAUGACCCUGCAGAAACUUACUUCGUUAACUUCUUACGAGAGCCUCCUGAACCAACUGGUGAUGAGCCAGAAGAUUUUGUUCUCGAAGCACCAAAAACUUAUGAGAAAAUGCCAAGUUAUGAUUUCGUCAUUUCAAAAGUGAAAUCAUUUAUGGACCUGUAUAAUGAGUACAUUCGAGGAACUCACCUUGAUUUAGUAUUUUUUCACGAUGCUCUUGUGCACUUGAUUCGUGUAUCUAGAAUUAUCACUGUUCCUAGAGGAAAUGCAAUGUUGGUUGGUAUUGGAGGAUCCGGAAAACAGUCUUUAGUUCGCCUUGCUUCUUUCAUUGCAGGAUUCAACUUUUUUCAAAUUGUUUUAACAAGUAAAGUAUUUUAA